GCACAGCAGCUGGCAUCAUCAUCAUCAUCAUUACCAUCCUAACCUGUUCUGGAACAUUCGCGGCCGGACAGUGUACCUGGACAAGGUCACCGGUGGCCUCUGUAUCCAGCCUGCAAGGUGGUCCAGGCCGAUUUUCUGGGACCAUUUCCUCGACGCACUCAACAAACCCGGCGCGAUCUGACCGGCUUAAAAGUGGGAAUUGUGCCAAACUGGGAUAUGUAAUGUCAGAUGAGCUGCAGGCGGCGCCUAUUUGCCUGGUGAUAGGAUGAAGACGCCUGAUGGAUUAUUUUUAUAGGGAUUUUUUUGUUUCUUUGUUUAAAGUCCCUCAAGAAGACCUCUUUGGAGAACCUAUUCUGGGAAAGAUUCAGAUAUACUCUUCACCAACCAGAGAAACUUUUUCCCCUUCACUUGCUGUGCUCUUACCAACCAUACAUUAGCAUCACAACAUUCAACCAUUUCGAGUAUUGAGGGGGUUUUGGCGAGGAGCUGCGCGCUCUCGGCCGGUCGCAGCUUCAGCACCAGCAUCCCAUGCGCGUGCCCGCACCGGCAGAGCCUGCCCGGGAAGAAGAGGAGUUGGAGGAGUUAAAGUUUGCUCCGGGUGGGGAGGGGGGGGGGAAGAUGCGAUGAGAAGAGCACGCUGCGGAGACAUUCUACCGUCUAAUUAACAUUUCCAAUCCGGGGGAAAGGCGCACUAAAGUGAAGGAUGACUUGCAAAAUAUUGACUUUAUGCCUCUUGUGUUUGGCUGUGCGACACUGCUCGUCACAAGAAUGUGUUGAUCCGCUGGUGUCUGGUCUCUAUGCCUCUUCCUUCCUGGCCUCCUCCAGAUAUAACUUUCUCUACUCUGCCAAUUUUGCCAAAUUGUACGGCAGCAGCGGCUGGUCGCCCUCCCCCAGGGAUCGGCAGCCGUGGUUCCAGGUGGACCUGGGCAGGAAGUACCGCCUGAGGGCCAUCGCCACCCAGGGCACCUUCAACUCAUACGACUGGGUCACAAAGUACACCCUCCUAUACGGGGACAGGCCGGACUCAUGGACGCCAUAUAUCAUGAAAGGAGGAAAUUCGACUCUGCCUGGGAACUGGAAUUAUUAUCAGGUGAAGAGGAACGUCUUUCAUUACGCCUUUACCGCUAAACACAUUCGCCUGCUGCCUCUGGCGUGGAACACAGAGAACGGAGGGAAGAUUGGUGUGAGGUUGGAGCUCUUUGGAUGCCAUUAUGAUUCGUAUGUGCUGCAAUACAAUGGGGACGACUCGGUGGUCUAUAUGUACCCCGGGAAGAAGUCCCGCACGCUCAAUGACCACAUUGCCAUAAACUUCAAAACCCUGGAGCAGGAUGGUGUUCUGUUACACAGUGACGGAGUUCAGGGAGAUCGCUUCACCCUCGAGCUAAAGAGAGGUCGACUCUACCUUCACAUUAGCCUGGGAAGUAGCGUCAUACACAAAACAGACGGUCGAACUACUUUGGUAGCUGGCAGCCUUCUCGAUAACCUACACUGGCACUAUGUCACCAUCAAGCGCUCAGGCCGUCAGGUGAACUUGACCGUGGACAGCCAGACGGUGACGGCCAUAUGUAACGGACAGUUUACCCACCUGGAUCUGGACAAUAAGUUGUACGUCGGUGGUGUGAUCGAGCCAAAAAUGCCUCACCUCCCCACCACCCCGAAUUUCCGUGGCUGCCUUGAAAACGUCUUCAUCAAUGGCAUCAGCAUCAUCUAUAAGGCUAAGCGUGAAGAAGCGGACAUUGUCAUACCAAGAAAGAAGAAGAUGCACUUUGCCUGCCGGGAUAUUCUUCUCAAACCAAUGACCUUUGCCGGACCCAACAACUACCUGCAAGUGCCGGGCUACUUCAGAAGGCCUCGCAUGUUUGUAAAGUUCAAGUUCCGCUCAUGGGACUACACGGGGCUGCUCAUGUUCACACGCUUUGCCGACGACCUGGGCGCCUUGGAGCUAGGCCUGAGUGAGGGGCAGAUCAAUGUCACAAUUUUUCAGCCCGGCAAGAAGAAACUGCAGUUUGCCGCAGGUUACAGGCUUAAUGAUGGUUACUGGCAUUCAGUGGAUUUGGCAGCCAGAGAUAACCUCCUCACCCUCACAAUUGAUGAGGAGGAGGGUUCCCCGCUGAAGAUCACCAACCCCUUCACAAUUCGCACUGGGGACCGCUACUUUUUUGGAGGCUGUCCGAAAACCAACAACACCAUCAGGAAGUGUGAGACGAAGCUGAACCGCUUUCACGGUUGCAUGCAGCACAUUUUUAUAGACAAUGAACAGCUCGACAUCGACAUUAUCUUGCAGCGACAGUGGGGGCGCUAUGCUGAACUUUUGUUGGGAACAUGCGGCAUCACUGACAGAUGUUCUCCCAAUCCGUGCGAGCAUGAAGGCAGAUGCAUACAGUCGUGGGACGACUUCAUCUGUCUCUGUGAAAACACCGGUUAUAAAGGGGAGGUGUGUCACAUGUCUGUGUAUAAAGAGUCAUGUGAAGCCUACAGACUCAGUGGAAAGUACUGGUCUGGAAACUACACCAUUGAUCCUGAUCUGAGUGGACCCCUAAAGCCAUUCGAAGUAUACUGUAAAAUGAAGUCAUACAAAGCUUGGACUGUGAUCUUGCACGACCGCGUGGACGGUACCAAAGUAACAGGGAGUUCAAUUGACAAGCCGUACAUCGGCAACGUCAACUACUGGAACGCAUCUUGGGAUGAAGUCACCGCCCUGGCCAACACCUCCUUGUACUGUGAGCAGUGGGUCGACUACUCGUGCUACAAGUCCCGUUUCCUCAACACACCUGGUGGAAGACCUUUUGGUUACUGGAUUGGUCGCAAUAAUGAAAGCCACUAUUACUGGGGGGGAACGUUCAGAGAGGUCCAAAAGUGUGGCUGCGCUAUCAACCAGACUUGCGUUGACCCCAAGUAUCAAUGCAACUGUGAUGCUGACUACAGACAAUGGUACUCCGAUAAGGGUUACUUGGACUUUAGGGACCAUCUUCCUGUCAGGAGGGUGGUGGUUGGUGACACCAACAGGACUGGCUCAGAAGCACAGUUCACAGUAGGACCUCUCCGCUGCCAUGGCGAUAGAAACAUCUGGAACACUAUAUCCUUCACCAUACCUGCCAACAUAACCUUCCCCACCUUCAAGCCGGGCUCCAGCGCUGACAUCUCAUUCCACUUUAAAACAUAUAGAUACGACUCAGUCUUCUUGGAGAACUCCGACGACCACCUCAAAAACUUUAUCCGACUAGAGCUCAACACCACCCAUAAUCUUGUAUUCAUCUUUAUGGUGGGGGAUGGCAUCCAGAAUGUGACACUACGCUCCCCCGUGCCACUCAAUGAUAAUGAGUGGCACUUUGUCCAGGCUGAGAUUAAUGUGAAAUUGGCUCGGAUCAAGGUUGACUACCAGCCUUGGACUGUCAAACGUUUCCCCAGUCAGACUUUUGUCACAAUUAACUUUACCAAUCCUCUUGUUGUAGGUUCACGCAACCGCACCCAAAAACCCUUUUUGGGUUGUCUCCGAGGGUUGCGGCUGAAUGGUGUUCCUCUGGAUUUGGAAGGGAAAGUUGAUGAAGAAAAAGGCAUCAGGAGGAACUGUACCGGCCAGUGUCUCAAUGCUACCAUACCUUGCCGUAAUAGUGGCCAAUGUAUUGAGGGCUAUGCCUCCUACACUUGUGACUGCAACAACACUGCAUUUGAUGGGUUCUACUGCCAUAAAGACAUUGGUGCCUACUUUGAGCUUAGCUCCUGGCUAAAGUACAACGUGCGGAAGAAACCAAUAUCCGACGAAGCAGCUUGGGCCAACUGGAUUGACCCGCAUUAUGAUAAUUUCAGCCUGGGCUACAACGACACGGCGGACGACAUUGAGUUCAGCUUCAGCACCGUCUACACACCGGCCGUGCUGCUCUACAUCAGCUCCUUUGUCCACGACUACAUUGCCGUCGUACUCAAGACCGACGGCAGCGUGGAUCUAAGGUACAAACUAGGACUCAUCACCCACAAGUACGAGCUGACUCGUCGAAACCUGGCAGAUGGAUACCCACAUUACAUCAACAUUACUAGACACAACAGGACCAUCAAAACACAGGUGGAUUUUAUGGAGCCCAUUGUUGAAAAGAUAACUUUAGUGGAGGAUGCAAGAUUUGACUCUCCAAAGUCCAUGUUCUUAGGCAGAGUGAUGGAGGUCGGCGAUAUCGACUACGAAAUCCAGAGGCAUAAUGCUCCAGGCUUCAUUGGCUGCAUCUCCGGUGUGAGGUACAAUGUCUAUGCCCCUCUAAAGGCUCUUUUCCGGCCGAAUGAAACAGACCCUCCGGUGACGACGCAAGGUUACGUCUCGGAGUCCAACUGCGGCGCCUUCCCUCCUGUCCUAGGUUACGUCCCAUGGGAGGUGGAUCCCUGGUUUACCACCAUAGAUUAUAUAUACAUCCAUGACGACCUUGGGCUAUUCUGGAUAAUAGUCAUUAUCAUCCUGGCGUUGCUUCUUCUGCUGGCGGGCUUGUAUAGCAUUUACGUGUAUGCGUACCAGCAGAAGGGCACCUACCGCACAAACGAGCCCAAACACCUGGAGUCGCCCAGCAGCUCCCGGCCGCUCACUGAGACGCUGAGACGGGAAAAGAAGAUCCUGCCCGAAAUAGAUGAGGAGUUCAGGAGCGGCUAAGCUAAUAAACCGCACGGUGGGACCAAUGGGACAGUGACAUUGGGAAGGGCUUACGGGAAAUAAGUUACAUGACUUUGCAUUGAUUCUUUUGAUUAUAUUGGCAGUUCCUCUGAGGGAAUCACUUGUGGGUUUAGCUACCAUUACGGUCCAUCCAUGGGACAAAAGACUGGAGAAGUCAAAGGCAUCAACAUAACAACGCCAAUUAAUGCAUGCCAGCUAGGGCGCAUGGCUAUGAUUGGAGUGGUGGUCUGGGUCCUGGGGCUACAUCGUCACUUUCUCUAACCCCCCAAACUGAUAUAGUAAACUGGCUAGAGUUCAAGCAAUUCAUUUUGAAGUAUUGUCAUCCAAUCAAUCAUUUAUAUGUAUUGUUGUUGUUGGGAUUUUUUCAAAGGCCAUUUGCGGACCCCGCAUCCUAACAAGUCCUGGCCAUGAUAAAUUGAUUUAAGGUAGGAUGUUUUUGCAUUCUCAGUCUCUCACUGUUCAAUAUCUGUAUGGCUUGGGUAUUGUUUGGUUGCGCUGAGAGGUCUAUGACUGAAAUGGGUGUGGGAAUCAAUGGGUUGUCCUUGUUGUUUCCUGUCUUGGGAAUUGUCUCGGUUGCCCUGGUGAAAGACAAAUAUUGCCGAGGGGCCUGGGCUGACUGUGUGGUGGUCACUGGGGUGAUUAACUGGUUGAACCCAAACCUGACCUGACUUGAUCGUUGAAAUUUGUUUAGAAAAAAAAUGAUUUCCCUACUUAGCAGCAUACAGCAGUGUCACGACUGGUAUAGUUUUCUGACUAAACGGGCUGCGUAAUUUUUUUUUAACGGUAUGUAAAAUUACAUGAUUUGCACUGAUGGUGUGGUGGAACAUGCUGCUGCCUUUCAUGCAGACGGUACAGGUUCGAUUCCCAGCCAUUUCCCCAUACCCAGCCUGGGUCGGUCCAAAGAUGGCUAAAAAAAUGGGUGGGUGGCAUCAGGAAGGGCAUCCAGCGUAAACACUGGGCCAAACAAAUCAUGCGAGUGACUCGCUGUGGCGAGCUGAAAGUCACAACAAAAUCAUAAAAGUAAAUAAUUUGCAGUGGUUCUAAGUACUUGCUACUAGAAAACCUCAACAAUGGUUGUCGCUACUGUGUAGACAGGUGAACAGAGUUACUGUAUUUUGUUAACAGACCUACAAACUGAGAAAUUGACAAAAAACAAGCUAUACUGUAUAUAAAAAAAAUUGCUCAAGAAAAUAUUUAUUUUCUUUAUUUAAUCUUAAUUGAUCUGGGUAAGGCAGUUGAGAACAGUCUCAUCUGCAAUGCCGACUUGGCUGCAUUGACUUUUGUGAGUUCUUCGGAAUGGAGAAGUCAAGCCCCAGCAGGAAAAUGUGGCUAGAGUCCAAGCUGGUCUCAUACAGUACAUGAUCUGAUAUAUCAUAUCAUUUAAUAUACUGUGUAUAUACCAAAUGUGGUCAAUUGCACAGCCCGAUUAGCUACCAUGCAGGCCUCACGGGGAAAACGUACCAGAGUAAGGUAAACCCACAAGCAGUAACCUCUGAGGACAAAGCCAAACUACCACCAGAGUCACCUGGCUUAGGUUUUCCAAUUCUUUCAUCGCUUAUUUUCUUGUUAACAUUUAAAUUAGUUUUUUUUUUUUCCCAACCACAAUUGGGUGAGUUGCAAUGCCUGGUGCUGUACAAAGUUUGUAUUUUGUGAAUUUUAAGCCCCGCCACAUGCGAGUAUCACACUGACCAGGAGGGAAAAAUACUGAAGUGCCUCAUCUGAGCAAGUUUGGUUGCCCCCCACCCCCCACCCCCCCCUGCCCUCAUACCCAUCUCAAGUAACCACAAAAGCUUAAAUCAGAAGGCAUUUGGAUCCAAGAAAAAGGAAUUACACACAUUGUUUUCUGAGCCCAAUUGAGGCUGCCGAUAACCCACUGUAUGUGCCGCAUGAAACCUGCACCUUUAGCCGACAAUCUGAUGACAUCAUAACUCGCAAUGUGUCCAUGCAAACAAAAAAAAACAGUUCGUUUGUAGAAGUAAGCCAGCCUGAGUGACACACGUUGAGAAAGCAAGAGCAUUGCAAGAGGUGCAUAGGUUUGUAUGUAUUGUGUAUUCUACGCCUAAAAGCUACAGUAAAACAAUACAGUAACUAUACAGAAUGACAUCUACACGCAGUUCAGAAAGGCCAUAUUGUACAGUAUUAGUGGUAGAUUCCAGUACCGCUAAGGUAUCUCCCUGUUAUUUAGCGCGGGGCUUCAGAGGAUCAUGAUAAUGAUUGAUUCAGAGAUGUCCACCAUAGAAGUUGCAUCCGUCUUGCUUGUUACCUUUUGUCUUACCUCGAAGAAAAAAAAAAACAACGAUCGGGUGGAGACGCUUACAUAUAAACAUACACACACUCUAGGGUGCUUUCACAUGUACAGUUUGGUGUAAAAAUCACUUGACGUGUUUGGGAAAUUUGCCCAUUUUGUCCCGAGUGGGAUUUCUUUCCACAAUGGAAAGGCUCUGUACUUGAACUCAGUUAAUAAUAAUAAAUUAAAAAAAAAAAAAAAAAAAAACCACCCAUAGGCAUACAGCAUACUGACAAUCUAUCAGUUAAAAUUGGACAGCACCAGAUAGAAUCCAUCAAUCCUUUCGCCGUACCAUGUGAAAGCACCCUAAAUCACAAAGUACAUGUACAGAGGACCAUGAUGGUGUAAAAUGCUGAUCUUUUACUUCCAAUUCACACACAUUUGCUGGUAGAUUUAUGCGCCACGUCAUAGAUCAAUAGCCGAUAGCCGACUACUGUCAUUAUCACUCUUCGCUAGCAGCUACUGUGAAUGUGAAACGAAGCAAUAUAGCAUAGCAUGAACACAUGACAACAGGCUUCUUUACGCCACUGACGUUAGUUUAACCUGCAGAUGCACAACAGCGAGGCGUUUAAAGCAACCUUUUGAAUGUGACAUUAAUGUACUGCUUGCUCAGGACUAAGGAAGUACCAUUACUUGCUCUUUUUAGCUGUAAUAAGCCACCAAUGUGGCCAUGUUGGAUGGAUUGUACAGUGAGUGACGGGAUACUGCUAAUGUAUACAAAUGUACAGAUGGCAAUUAAAGGCACUAUUUUUAAGAGUGCGCUGUAAACGUGAAUGUAAAUGACAGCGUUGCUAGUAUGCAGGAGUGUUCAUGUUACAUGUCGCUGUAUUAGUCAGUCAGUGUGUAGCUUCUCAACAUAGCGGUGCCAUCUCACUCACCAUGCGUGGUCCCCCAAGUGUGUUUGUGUGUGCCUGUAUAUGUGUGUGUGUGUGUGUCCACUAUUUGACCACCAAGAGACAACAAUAAACAAGCAGACCCGUGCACAGAUGCCAACUACUCACUACUGUAGUACACUAGUACCAGUAAAGUACAAGUGGUGCCUUGAGAUACGAGUUUGAUUUGUUUCGUGACCACGCUCGUAACCCCAAACACUCAAAUAAUCUUUUCCCACUGAAAUAAACUAAAAUAGCACUCUUUAUUAUUUUCAUUAUUAAAUUAAAUUAUUAUUACUAUUUAGAAUAAUACAUGUUAUUUUUUUCUAACGUGUGCAUCUGUGUUUACAGCUACUAAGAUAUCUAACACAGUCACUGUGAUGACAGUAUUAAAAUAUACAGUUUUGGGGGGUGAAUGUGUAAUCAUCAGAUUUAAAAACUACAUAUGUUGAUUUUAGUGCCAAUCUGUUUCCCAAAAUAUAUUAGUGUGUGUGUGGAAAUGGGUGAUUGAGAGACAUUAACUUUGUGCACGUUGUAAGUUGUGGCUUUCCGACGUUUACUUGCAUUAGUUUACAAACACAUCUGCCACAUCCAAUAUGGCAAACACGCGACUACGCGACAAGACGCUCAAUAUUCAAGUCUAUGUAUAAGUCUAUGCUAAAAUUGCGAUCUCCGUUUUCUUUAACGAUAUAGUUUCCAGAUUGUCUUUAUUGUCUUCUCGUCUCACUUAAAUGAAUAACUGACGUGACGUUUAGUUAAUCUUUGAUCAAAUAUUACUGAGCUAAACUGUGACGUUAAGAUAGCUAGCUUACCUGCGUCUGAAAGAUUAAGGCACCCCUCGUCCAAGUGGUGUGUUUUAUCGUUGAGUUGCAAAUCUUACUUGCUGCUUUUGCCUUUCCCCCCCAAUUUCAUCAAAAAGAUAAAUCAAGUCGAGUCUUUCAUAAAUUUAAGCCAAGCAAGUCGCAAGUCAUAAAAUCAGCGACUCGAGUCACGUGGACUCAAGUCGACUCGGUUCUCAAGUCAAAGCAAAGAUUCGUUUGUCAAAAACUAGUCAGGUGGAUCACUCGUAUCUCAAGGCGCCACUGUAUUCAAUAGACGACGUCAUAGUGGUGAGUGAGCAUCAGCGGAUGCGUUGAAUGCUACGUAGAGCCUUAAAUGUCCACUAGAAGGUGACGGAUGUCACUAGCCACUUCAUUAGCGACACCUCAAUGUGAUCCACUACAACAAUGCUCAGUUAUGAUUAAGAACUCUCAGUUCGCCCACUACACUACAACAACAAGCACAUUGUCAAAUGAAUGCCUCUCUUGCACUGGAUUCCCUGCCGGUGUACCUAAUGAAGUGUCCAGAAGUGAUUAGUAGUGUUUGUGGUCACACACUGACUAUAUUUUGUCAUUCACGUUUGCUUGUUUUUUUGGGGGUUUUUUUUGUUUUGUUUUUGGUUUUGUGAUAUUGUCAGUGUAAAUGCCCAUUGUUAUUCUUAUUGUAUCAAUCAAAG